AUGCCUUUAGAUGCUAGCCAUCCCGAUUUCUGGACAGAAGCAUUGCAAUUCACGGCUACGAUCCAUCGAGAUGUGUACCCCGCCAUCAGCCCUUUGAAUGAAGAAAUCAAGCAAAUCGCACGCGGAAAAAUUGUUUUAAUUACUGGGGCCGGCAGCGGAUUCGGCAAGGGUGCGACAAGACAAUGGGCCGUAGCAAAUGCCUCCGCUAUCGUGCUCGCAGCCAGAACUCAGCAGAGCAUUGAUGAAGUAGCUGAAAGCCUAAAGACGUCUGCCCCGACUACGCAGUUCUUAACAAUUGCAACAGACGUGUCUUCUGAAAGUGAUGUUCGGAAUCUGUUCCAAAAGGCCAUCCAGGCUUUUGGCAAAGUGGAUGUUGUUGUUCACUGUGCCGGAGUACUCGGGCCACUGGAAUUAAUUGGCGACGCCCCGGUUGAUGAGUGGUGGCAAUCAUUUGAGAUCAACGUCAAGGGUACUUUCUUGGUUGCCCGAGAGCUUGUACGAACAUCAGCCAAUAACGAAGCGACAUUCAUCCAAGCCGGUACAGCUGCGUCUUACUUUGCGAGUCCACAGCAGUCUUCAUAUACAUCAUCGAAGCUUGCGACCAACAUGAUCCUCAGUCAGCUGCAUGAAGAAUACGGCAAUCUGCGAGUCUUUAAUGUGCAUCCCGGAAUGGCAUUGAGCAAAGUGCUGCGCCCAGAGCUACAUAUUUAUGCCAAAGACACAGUCGAGCUUUUCGGCAGUCUCACUAUCUAUCUCAGCGGACCAAAGGCGAACUUUUUAAGGAAUCGCUUUAUUGCCGCAAAUUGGGAUGUCACUGAUUUGGAGAAGCAUCAAGAGGAAAUUGUCGCCGAAGAGCUACUCAAAAGCCAGGCGUUCAAGGGUGAUACGGGUCCAGGAGGUCAUGUAUUCAAAUCGUGA